AUGGAACCUGAAUGGCUCUCAUCCUACUUAAGCUUCGUUGCGUGGCUUACAGAGUCUCAAAAUGACAUGUUGUGGCUACGUGGCUAUGCGGGUGUUGGCAAAUCCGUCAUCACAAAGUAUCUGAUCAUAGAUGUCUUGAAAGCGAAGUAUAUCGAAUCGAGGAAACUGCCUUCCUGUGAUAAGGAGCAGAGCUUAAGGCAUGGCGACUUUCUUGCAUACUUUUUCUGCAGUGAACGUAGGAGACACUUGCAGCCAGAAAGUAACAUACUGAUGUCGACCCUGCAUCAGCUUCUCAGUGCUGCACCACAGGAUGUUUCCAAAGCCUUUCAGGUCUAUCGCAGAUCAUCAUUGAUUUAUUCGUUUCUCUUCCAGCCAGAAGAUCUAUGGGAUGCUGUUAAAUCGGCACUAGUGGCCACAAAUUGGACUACCAUCUAUCUUGUGUUCGACGGUCUCGAUGAGAUGUUGGCAGAGGAUCUGGAGGACUUUUCAAAGGGUCUGAAAGUUUUGGUGGAAAGAGUGACGCCUCGAAUCGAGCCACGAAGUCUUAAAACAUUGAUCACAAGCCGUCCGAUUGCGAACUUGGACAUGAACUUCUCAUGCCCUUCAAUCUCAAUGGACAUUGUUGAUCGUAUCUCAGAGAAAGCCAAUGGAAUGUUUCUGUGGGCCGUUCUCGCAUGGUACGAAUUAUGUCGAAACGCAAGACGGGCGGAAGAUUUCGCUGCAAAUCUCCUGGAGCUUCGAAAGCUUCUUGCAACGCUUGAAAUGCUAUACGAGAAUAUCCUCAAUCGACUACCUAUCUCCUCUCGCCAGCUGGCACUGAAGACCGUUUCCCGGCUCACUUUAUCAGCUCGACCAUUACACGGUGAUGAGUUGCGAUUUGCGAUCGCAAUGGCUGAGACCACCGACAGCUAUGAAACUGCAGUGAGACGGAUGAUUGCUCGACAAAAGUUGAAACACUGUGUCCUGACGCACAGUAUCGCAUUGAUCCCCGUCAAGCUGCAUUCCGCCAUUGCAAUAGCUUGUGUUCAGUCCCUUUACAUGCCAGGUUUUGAUGUUGAAAGCAUACAAGCAGAGCUUACCGAGACGGAAGGAUCCUCCGAAAGCCAGAUGGUUGGUCUUCCAUGGCGGUAUCUUCUACUGCCGGACGCUGUGACGAAUUGGUACUAUCAUGCCAGCAUGGCGGGUGAGGAUUUGAAGGUCUGGACCGCUUUCAAAACACUACUGGAACAUGGUAAUAGUACUAAGCUAUGGCUGAUGUUGGCUCUCUAUGAAGGUUCGUUGUCUGCACAGAGAGGUUGGAAACUCAGCAAACAUUUCUGGAAUGGCUUCGCCAACCCAUCUGCAAUUCACAUCGCCGUCUUCCUGGAGAACGCAUAG